UCUGCCUCUUUUUCUUUUGCUUCCGGUGUGUGCCGACAAUAUGGCAGCUUCCGUUGCUCUACAGCUGGAGUUUGGGGGAGGUGCAGAGCUGCUCUUCAGUGGUCAGAAGGUACAUCAUGUGACUCUCCCAAGCCAAUCAGAACCCUGGGACAUGAAGCAGCUGCUGGUUUGGAUCCAACAGAACCUGCUGAAGGAACGGCCCGAGCUUUUUGUUCAGGGACAGUCUGUGAGGCCUGGGAUUCUGGUGCUUAUCAACGAUGCAGACUGGGAGCUGAUGGGGGAACUGGACUACCAGAUACAGGACAAAGACAACAUUGUGUUUAUUUCUACUCUUCAUGGAGGAUAAACACACACGUAACGUAUAUUUAACAGUUCCGAGCUUCUCUUAGCAUCCCGAGGCCCCCUCCCUCCUCGUUUUCACAUCCCAACUACAACCCUCCUCAUUGGAUGGCGUGUCCACAUCGUCUCACUGAUGCAGCUGAUGGUGUCCAGCAGGGAUGAGGAGGAAACGGAUAUUGUGAUAUUUUUUGAUCAGAUUGAAGAGAAGCUUUGAUUUUAAUUAAGAACACCCCCGUGUGCUGUGUGUUAAUCUCAUAAGGAACAUCAUUAUGCAUAACUUUGUAGCUGUUAAACCUUUUGUAGAUGGGUCACUUUUUUGGCCUGAUAAAGUAGAGAUGUUCAUUGGUUCUUUUUUUACAGAAGUAGGGUGCAGUUUCAGAAGUGGAAUGCUGCCCUCAUUAAUAUACAUUUCGCCUUCCUUUUUCCACUUAUGUGACUUUAAUGACAAAAAGGCCUGUUAAUUUAUAUCUAAUUGAAAUUACAUCUUAAAGCGUGUUAGAUUUUUUUAUUUUGUUUUUAAUUUCAAGCAAAAAUUGUGAUUUUUUUUUCUUUUUCAUUCUAUGAAAAUAAAAAAAUUACAUUUUUAUGCCA